GCUCCGUCCCUCCCGCCCUCCGAGGAGCCUCGCAGCGCCGCCCCUGCCAGCCCCCUCCCCGGGCGGGGAGCCGGACGGUGGGCGGCGGCGGCGAGCGGGCCGCGGAGGACGCGCCGCCAGCGCCUCUCCUGCGUGCCUCGCCCUGGGCGGCCCGGGGCUGCCGCGGCGCGCGGGUGCCCGCCCUGCCUCGCAGGCCAUGGGGGAAGGGGGCGCCGUGGGGCGCCGCCGGCCCUUCCCCGGGGCGCCGCGGCGGCGCUGGUGGCGGCGGCAGCAGCAGCAGCAGCGGCAGCGGCAGCGCUGGUGGCCGGGCCGCGGCGGCGGCGGCGAGGGCGCGGGGCGCGCCGCCAUGGGCCUGGCCGGGCUGCAGGAGAACGUAUUUGCCGGGCAAUCAAAGAUCUAUUCCUACAUGAGCCCGAACAAAUGCUCUGGAUUGCGUUCCCCCCUUCAGGAAGAGAACUCAGUUGCACAUCACGAAGUCAAAUGCCAGGGGAAACCAUUAGCUGGAAUCUACAGGAAGCGAGAAGAGAAAAGAAAUGCUGGGAACGCCAUACGAAGCUCCGUGAAGUCGGAGGAACAGAAGAUCAAAGACGCCAGGAGAGGUCCCCUGGCACCUUUUCCAAACCAAAAAUCUGAAGCAGCAGAAACUCCAAAAACUCCAGCCUCGUCUUGUGAUUCAACCAAUGCAGCCGUUGCCAAGCAGGCUCUGAAAAAGCCCCUCAAGGGAAAACAGGCCCCUCGGAAAAAAGCUCAAGGAAAAACGCAGCAGAACCGCAAGCUCACAGAUUUCUACCCAGUCCGCAGGAGCUCCAGGAAGAGCAAGGCUGAGCUGCAGUCUGCAGAAAGGAAGAGAAUAGAUGAGCUGAUCGAAAGCGGGAAGGAAGAAGGCAUGAAGAUUGACCUCAUCGAUGGCAAAGGCAGGGGUGUGAUCGCCACCAAGCAGUUCUCCCGGGGUGACUUCGUGGUGGAAUACCACGGGGAUCUCAUUGAGAUCACGGACGCCAAGAAGCGAGAGGCUCUGUACGCACAAGACCCCUCCACGGGCUGCUACAUGUACUACUUUCAGUAUCUGAGCAAAACCUACUGCGUGGACGCGACCCGAGAGACAAACCGCCUGGGAAGACUGAUCAACCACAGCCAGCGCGGGAACUGCCAGACCAAGCUGCACGACAUCGAUGGCGUGCCCCACCUCAUCCUCAUCGCCUCGCGCGACAUCGCGGCGGGGGAGGAGCUGCUGUACGACUACGGGGACCGCAGCCGGGCCUCCAUCGAGGCCUACCCCUGGCUGAAGCAUUGACGCCGCCUCCCGCCGCCCCUGCUUCAAAGGACAAAAGCCCUCAAAGGGAGAUGAUUUUUUUUACACACUUAAUCUUAGCGGAUUACUUCAGAUGUUUUUAAAGAGUAUAUUCAGAUGCCUUUUCACUGUAGUAUUUAAAUAUCUGUUACAGGUUUCCAAGGUGGACUUGAACAGAUGGCCUUAUAUUACCAAAACUUUUAUAUUCUAGUUGUUUUUGUACCUUUUUGCAUACAAGUUGAACGUUUGUGCUUCCCGUGCAUGCAGUCAAAGACUCGGCACAGGUUUUAGAGGAAAGAGUCAAACGUGACCUAGGAAGCCGGGUGUCGCCUGCCUCCAGGUGAAGAGCCAGGACGGGCCCACACCCGGCGUCUGAGGACAGGCGGGUGCAGGGCCGCGCUGCCUGGACGAUGUCUCCAAGCUCUUGUUCUCACGUCUCGACAGGCGCACCUCGAAGUGUAUGACUAUUUUUUAAACAGGUUUCGCAGUAAGCUAGUCUUCCCCUCUGCUUUCCUGAAAGCUUACUGACCGUGGCCGGGGCACGGCCGGGCCGAGACGCUCUCUUCCACAGGCGGCCGCUCUUCCGGGCACCCGGAAGCAUCAGGGUGGGCAGUCACCCUAGAGGCGGGCAGGGACAAGCGCUGCUCCCUGCCCCUGCCAAGGCAGGGCUUCCUGAAACCGGGUUAAUUCUUUAUAGAAAUGUGAACACGGAGUUUAUUAAAAAAAAUAAUAAUAAAAAUUAAAAAAAAUAAACAAAAAAAAGAAAAAAGGAAAAAAAACCACAGAAAACAACUUACUUGUAUAUAGGUCUUGAAGUGAGUGAAGUGGUUGCAAUUUUUUUGUUUUGUUUUGGGGUUUUUUUGUUUUUGUAGAAGAGAUUUGAGAUGGUACUCUAUUCUAAUCAAAAAUAAAGUUUUGUAGCGGGACCAGAAAUUAUUUACCCUAUCCCCCCACCCCUUGCCCAAUUCUGCUGGGUUGAAAGUUCCAGACCUGCUGUGGAGGCCUUCUGUUCGUCAGACCACCUGGUGUCCUUCCUGCGAAGCGCAGCCAUAACUCGAAUUGUGAGCCUAGAGCUCAGGACCGAGCACAGGGAGCGGGCAGGGCCCACAGCCAGGGCGCAAGGGCGCGGCUCAGGUCUCACCUUGAAUGUGAUAGCAGGAGGGGUUGCUGGCUUCCUCUUCCCUCCCCAGGGGUCUGAUUCUCACGCACUGUCCACCUUCAGUCCAUGGGGCUGGGGCUCCUAUCCACCCUGGUCCCAGGUAAAUGUGAAUGGAGACAGGUGUGAGAACCUGUGCUCAUCCUUAUCCCCACCCUGGGCCUCAUGAUGGUGCUACCUAAGAAAGUCUUCCCCCACCCCCACCAGCCUGGUCAGUGGUCAGCAAAUUGGAGGAGGAUCCGACAGGAGUAUUUAAAUGUGAGAUAAAAUGUCUUGGUUGUACCUGUUUGUGGUUUAGCUUUGUAUUUAAGCAAACAAACAAAAAAAGGAAAUAAACUUGAAAGUUAUUUGUCAUCAUAAAAAUGAAACAAAUUAAAAUAUUUAUUGCCAGGC